AUGAGUGAACAUUUAAACAAAGAUGGCAAUCCAGACAUGCGUUUCAAAGAAAAUCGUGAUGCUGACAGUGAUAAUAACAGUUCCACACGAAAUAGAUCAUCGACAGAUGAUGACAAACCAGAUACGCGUAACAAGUCAAGUCGUGAAGGUAGUGACAAUGACGGUACAGACGAUGGUAGAAGUGGUAUUCAUCAUCAUCCAAAACAUGCCAGUAACUAUGCCGGAGAUGAUACGGACAGAAGUGGUCAUCAUUUAACAAAAGAAGGAAAUCCGGAUUUGCGAUUCAAAGAGAAUCGUGAUGAAAUGGAACAAGAAGAUUCAAAUGAAAGUGACAAGCGUGGUAGUGAUCGACGUGCAAAAUGA